GUCAAUAGCCCAUCGCAUCGCCUUUCUUACUCUCCCCUUUGGCAUAUCUUUGUCAGCUAGAGACGCAUCACCCGCCAUCUCCACGACCAAACAGAGCAACGAGGAGAAGGUCGGUGAGAGGUUCACUCGCGUUUGCGGAGAGAGCCUGGACAACUCGAAAGGCAACCUCCACCAUGGCUUCCACGUAUCGUUACGCGUAUGGCUCCCCGAACCGUAGUGCGGGCGCCUGGGGUCCUCGUUCACCCGCUGGGGUCGGCGGCGCGCCACACGCCCAAGCGCUUCCACAAGGGGCUUACGGCGUACCCGCACCGCUCUCCAGUUCACCUUCUCGUCCCUAUGAGCAGCAGCCACAGCAGCAGCAGCAACCACAACUACAGCAAUGGCCUCAUCAGCAGUAUUAUCAACAGAAAGGGCAAGAGCAACAACAGCAUCAGCAAUCCCAACCUCCCCCACUGGCUACGUACCACGCUGGUUUACCUGCUCAACCUGAGGAACACUCAUUCCCGGGUAGUGGAGGCGGUGCUGGCAGCGGUGGAUCUAUACCUUUUACUAAUGAAGCAGCCGUCGACGAAUGGUACAACAACACUGACAUUGGCAUGGAGACGCAAGCCGCGUUUGGCGGGAACGACCCGGCUCGUUCCGGCCCUCCAUCCCCUUCUCCCCACAAGGAGAGCGGACGGAAAGGCAGCCCGUUCGCGGGAAUCUUCAAGCGUGGUCGUCGCUCCUCCAACGUCAAUUCGCGCUCGCCCAGUCCGCUGGAGCCCAUUACCCCUACUGGACUGCCUUCCCCGUCGGCUGGCCCAGAUCACCAAGAGCGCGAGGCAAGGGGUGGGUUCUUUGGCGCGGCAGCCCGUAGACUCUCGCCUGCGUCGCCCGGCCGCCGAAGCGGCGAGAGGGAACGUUCGCGUGACGCGUCGCCAACUUUUGUUGUCCGCUCCGUCACGCGCCAGCCCGGCGGCGUUACUGCCGACCAGUACAAUAACACCGGCGCCGGUAGUCUGCCCGCAUCGCCCAGCUGGGCGGACAACCGGCAAGACCCGCUGCACGAUGCACAACGGCAGCAAAAAUUUCAGCAAGGACAGGCGGGUGGAAGUGCAGUAGGCGCAUAUGUCAGGCAGAAGAGCAGACCUCUGAGCAUCCAUGGCGAUCGCGGCCAAGGACAGCUCGGUGUUCCACCCGGUGGCCCAGGUGGCGGCGUGGGCUACGGCACAGCGCGCUCUCCGAAUGAUGGUAGGCCAAUCCCCAUGGGUUCGGUCGGCGAGGAAGGCGGCGAGCUGGGCAGAGGAAGGCCAUGCGCUCCUGUCGACCCUGCGGCUUCUGCUAGCGGCGGUGUUGCAGAUGCUUUCGACAACGCUCCUCUAGUCAGACCGAGCAGUCCUGGAGCAAUGUCGGCCAAAGCUUUCAGGCGUGGUAGCGGCACAUUCCGGCCUCCCUCGCCUGGCCGGCAGGACGCUGAUGUGCAAGCAGCAGACCUCCAGCGUGCCGCAUUGAACAACAGAAACCAUCUGAAUGCCGGGGAGCACGCGCCUCUCUCAUCGUCUCCCGGUGAAAUUGCUAGUGCCUUUGGACAGAGGCAGCAGAGCGCUCUCAGCUUGAGCAUGCAAACGCAGAACAACAAUGUCGACCAACAACAACAACAGCAACAGCAGCGUAGACAGCUCACUGGACCACGUGACAGCCCCUUUGCGCCUUCUUCUCCUGGGACACGGCCGCAGCAGCUGCAGCAACAUUCCGGGGCACCGGGUGGGACAGGAGGCAUGGCAGGUGUCGGAUCAGGCUUCCGUCGCAGUAGCGCUCAAAGUGGCGGUGGCGGCACUGGCGGCUCACCGGGUCGACACGGCAGGGGUCCGUCUGGCCCCGCCGAACCUGCGUUCAGCACCAUUAAUGCGCAGGCUCUGCUGCAAGGUACGUCGCCGCACCGACAGCAGCCCCAGUACCAGAAUCAGGCAUAUCCGAACUCGCCUGCGCGUCAAGCGCCGAUGCCCGCGGGGUACUACUCCCAACAGCAGCAAGAUAAACAACCUCCAGCUGGCCAGCAGCGUGGUGGCCUCCUAUCUGACGCAGCGAUCCACGGCCUACCAGAGCCUAUCGUUAUUCCCGCUGCGUCCAAUGACCCAGGAUCGCCGUCCUUUGGCCGCAAGCGCCGCGGUUCUGCAGCCAGCUAUAGUGGGGGCAGUGGCUUUGGCAGCAUCUCGCCGAAAGGCAGUGGGUUCCUGAACAAGGUUCUCAGUCGCGACGGCAAGGAGCAAGGAUCUGCGAAGCGCCAGCAAGGCGGGGGGCAAGACGAACAAGAGGGCGACUUGAGAUUCGAUAAACUAGGGCGCAAGGAGGCAGAGCGUGAGCGGGGUGAGCGCGGCGCUAGUCCUGGUUUCACUGGCUUCUUCAAGGGCAUAUUUGGCAGCAGUCCGAAGAUGGGUUCUGGCGAAGACUACGAGCAGCAACAGCAGCAACAACGGCAGAACCCCAUGUCUAUCGCUGGCGGACCUUAUUUUCCACCUGCGUCGCCUCUCGGUCUCUCCCCCGUUUCAGUCGUUGCAGGCGGGCGGCGGUUCUUUUCACCUGCUCCAGACGCCGACGCAGAGGGCAAUGGCGACCUGCUCGACCCGUCGCAGAUCGUUGCGCAAGCCGAGCUGCAGAAGCGCAGGAGCAUCCGUCAGGCGCAGGCCAUUGUCGACGCGGAGCGCCGCAGGAUCAUUGAGAGCCCUUCUGCCUCCCGAGUUGGCUUUGAUCCAGCUUCUGACAGACCCUGGGCGCCGAAGCAAGCACUAAAUGAUGGCACUCGUGCUAUUGAUACACUGGACGCCGCUGGCGGCGUUGCGGGAUCACCCAGUCGUCCUUCCGGCAUCGCCAUAUGGGGCAAAAUCGGAAGGAAAGCGGUGCCAAGAAUGUCGGAGCCAGGCGAGCCGGCUGUGGAGAGCUUACCUCAUAUGCCCUACGCCCAGAACGUCAGUGAAGUUGACGCGCUCGCCAGGCUCGAAGGUAAACUGACACCUGCUCAGCAGAUCAUCUUGGAGACUCGCUCGCGUCAUAUUGCCCAGGAGCAGAUGCGUGCUCAGCACGAAUCAAUGCGCGCCCAGCAAGCCCAAGCCUUGGCACAGACACCAGCACCGAUGCAGCCUCCAGCUCAGGAACCCGCUCCUGUCGCAGCUGGCGAACGCUUUGGCAAGGUGGCAGGCAGCGAGGAUCGCGAUGAGGAUGUUCCUGUCCGUCGGCGGACACGUUCGCCUACCAAGUCGCCGAAGAAACGUCAGCAAGAUGUAUCGCAGACGACCGGCGCCCCGCCGAUCAGUCAGGGUUACCAGACGGAAGAGACCGUCAAGCCACCGGGCGGGGACAUCGGGCACCCCGCGGCCGGAUCUGCGCCUGUCUCAACCGAGCGUCAGCAACAGUCACUCAUGAGCCCUGCUCGUGGUGCAACAGGCGGCGCUGCCUUGUUGCCGGGCCGCGGCGCGAUGCCUAGCGAGUUCCCCACGCUGCCACAGGCACUGCAGGAAAUGAUGGUGCGCUUCUACCGCUUCGAGCGGUAUUCUGUGCCGCUCAUCCGCGACCUCGAGACACGCUUGCUUGAUAUUGAGCGAGAUGCGCAGAUGGCCCUGCACAGCGACUCAAUGAGCGCUACCUCGGCCAGGGAGCGCGAGAUGGACAAGUGGGUGGGGCAGAUGACUAGCCUCAUGCAUCACGAGGUUGGCCAGCUCAAGGCGGCCACGCACGAGAUUAGAGAAGGGCGUGAGACUCUCGCUGUCCUGGCCAAGUUGCUCGUGGGGGGUCGGGACGUGUCCAUGAUCCAUGCACACAAGUUACCCACCACGGCGAAGCCAGCCUUAUCCAAGAUUGACACGUCGCCCAACGAGAAGGUGCACGCAAUCGGAUCAGGCGAGCAGGAGAACACCGUUGCAGAUUUCCCUCCUGCAUCAACGGACUUGCGCGAGGUGGAACAGCAGCAUGACACUCGUCAGACCAACAUUUCGUCCGCGUCCUUCAACAGUGCUUUACCAGUGCCGAAGACGGAUGUCCCUGACCAGCUGCCUUCUGCGUCCUUCCAACCCAGCAACUUGAAGCUGCCUGCUGGCGCAGCUCCAGCUCUUGACAAAGACGAGCUUUCGUCGCCGAGUAAGCGGAUGACGGAAAGUCAUCGCCGUGAGCGCAGCGCCAGCCCCUCGGGUCGGCCGAGGUACACUGCCGCUCUGGGCGAGCCCAUGGAGAACGGCCGCAUCUCUCCAGCUGGUCGCCACCAUGUGGAGCCCUCCGAUGGUAGCACGCGCUCAAUGUCAUUUGUUCCCGAGCCUCCUUCUGCUGGUCGAUUCGAGAGGCCUGCUCGCCAGGACACGGCUUCCCCCGGAUUCUCGGACGCUGGCUCCAACGCAAGCAGCUCGACGCGCAUGCGUAGGGACCAGAGCGUGCAAGAUCGUAUCCGAAUGCUUGUUACGUCCAAACUCUCCGAGAAGCCGAGUUCGGAGUCGAUUGACAGGCAGCCGGAUGACGUUCUUGCUGAGGAGGUUGCCGGCAAGGAGGAGCAAGCGCCGAACCAUCAGCUCGAAUUAGCCUCCCCUAUCGGUGAUGUCAAUGCAGCCCCGCUUCUCAGCCCGGCAGAAGAGAGCACGUCUCUGACUGGUCAACACCUCAAGACACCUUCCACUCUCUCCAAGAUCUCGGCUGGCUCGAGUGUGACAUAUUCUCCCGGCCGCAAGCCAACUUCACCUCUUAUUGGCGGCCGUCUGUCGCCGGCGGCAGACCUUGGGGAACGCCAGCGCUCAGCGUCACCGACGUUUGUACCACCUGAGGGGAGCAGCAGCAUCACGACAUCCUCGCGUGCGAGCUCAAGCGUCAAAGCUCGCGCGCAGGCAUUCCUGCAAGCGCAGGAUAAGGCGUCGAACGACGCUUCGCCGUCGCCCAGCAUGUGGCUGGGCGGAACGUACGGAACGUCGCCCAAGCGCCGCGUCACUUCUGUCCUCACCGAGUCCGAAGCGGCUCCACAGCUGCAUAUUUCGAGCGACGACACGACGCACGCCACCUCGCACAUGCUUCGCAAUGCUGUCAGCCACGGCGAGACGCGUCCGCUGAACGUCGACUUGAAGCGGAGCUUUACGCUCGGCGGGUCCAGAAAGAGCGCUGCGGGCGCCAUUGAUGCUGCUCCGUCCGCGCUCUCGCCUCCGGGCUCCAGCACCACGUUGCGUAAGAGCGCCAUUGGGCCCGGAGCAUCUCUGAAGGACCGUGUGGCAUUCUUUGAUUCACAGAAAUCGUAAUGAUCUGCGCCAGCAGCAAGCAGCCCCUGCAUUGUCUAUGCACGAAAUCAGUCUCGCAUCUCUCUUCACACCUUCGGACCGCGAGCUUUGUGCUAUCGAGCGGUCCGGGUACACAAGUUCCUUCGUACCAUUGUAUGUUGCUGUGUCAAUGCAAACGUUUGGAUAGC